AUGGGCGCGUUUUCAGCUAUUGUUGAUACGUCUGCGACGUCUUUGUAUGUCUCUAUUCUCGCCAUCGCGUUCAACCCAACAGCUUGGAACAUCGUAGCUCGGAAUGAGUAUAGAAACAAGACAAUCACUCGUAUGUUUGGUGGUAAUGCUCGCUAUGGAUGUUACUUCCUAGCCAGCAUGAUAUUUUCUUUCGGAAUGCUUCGUGACCAUUUAUAUCAGCGCGCUUUGAGCGACCAACCUCGUGUUCCUAUGCUCCCCGCACCAUAUGAUACCCAGGUACCAAUUGCUAUGUUCGCUAUCGGUCAGCUGUUUGUUGUCACUUCCACAUGGGCGCUCGGAGUCACUGGAACUUUCCUCGGGGAUUACUUCGGUAUUUUGAUGGAUCACCGCGUGGAGGGUUUCCCCUUCAAUGUCCUGAGGGAUCCUAUGUAUGUUGGCAGUACGAUGUGCUUUGUUGCAACGGCCUUGUGGUACGAGCGUCCAGCCGGACUCCUCGUUACUUUGUAUGUGUAUAUCGUUUACCUCAUCGCACUACGGUUUGAGGGGCCGUUCACCGACAUGAUCUACUCCAAACGAGCUUCUACGAAGAAGACUUCAUGA